UGUAUAAGUUCGAUGCAUCUUCGUCAUGGCUACUGACGAGACGAGCGUUGAGAACACAUCGGUUUUACUAAGCCUAUGGAACGUUGCAUUGAAAGUUUUAAAUUUUGGAAAUCAUAUAUUGUUAUUCACCCUUGCUGGAUACCUUAUUUAUAUUUCCUGGGGCACCGGCGUAUGGUCUCUUCAUGUUCUCCUGUGUUCCGUUGGAUACGUUCUACUGAUGGGAGAGGGCAUUGUGGUCCUAGCUGGUGAAAAUUUAUGGUCCGGAUUCCUUAGCAGAAGAGUAAAUUCUCAUAUCCAUUGGGUAUUGCUACUGGUCGGUAGUGUAUUUAGUAUUGUUGGUACAGCUUACGGUUAUCAUGGUAAUGCACUAAGAAAUAGACCACAUUUCUCAUCAACGCAUGGACUAACCGGCAUCAUAUCCGUUGGAUUAGUAAUUAUUGCCGCUGUAUUGGGACUUCCGGCGCUGUUCGCUGGUAAACUACGAAAUAUCAUUAAACCGAUCAUCAAUAAAUUUUCUCAUAACCUUUUGGGUACGGCCAGCUUCGUUGUGGGAAUGGUGUCUCAGUGUUAUGGAUACAACACUGGUUUUAUGAGGAGAUUAUCACCAGAAAUUCCUAGGGACUGGCACACGUCAAGGUCCCAACGUUCUUCGCCACCCACCAGUGAGUCAUCGCCGAGAUAAAGAUCGUUGACGGGACUGUGGCCGAAUUGCUCGAAAAACAUCCAGGAAGUGAGGAUGCAAUUAACGAUGGUCUCAAUAAGUUGCGUGAAAUAGGAACCACUCGCAACUUCAGAAUGCUUUUGAAACCGGUGACCAUUGGAUACGCGGAUCUUCGUAUUAAUGAAGUAGUCCUCAAUGACGUCGAACAUUCUGUACAUCCGAUAAACGUCUGGUAUACCGUGAUCUUCGUAAUGACAAAAGUCAAUAUUACGGCUUAAGAUGUAAAAGGCUAUAUGUAUAAGCCAAUCAGGCACUGUCUGAUCAAAUCCACUGAUGGCUGGAAAAAUCCAGAUGGCCCUUUUACAGGUUUCAGCGUCUACUGCCCUUCUCUCAACAUAUGUUUUCAAGCUAAAAUAGCUAGUCAAGCCUCAAUAUUCUCGGCGGAAGCCCUUGCAAUCUAUCAUGCGAUCAAUUUUAUCCUAGAUAAAAAAUUAACUACAUCAACAGUUUUUUCGGACUCGCAGAGUGUUUUGAAAGCCCUGCAGUCGUUUAAUCUAGAUGAAUCCCACUCAUACUUUAUAUAUUUGAUCAAACAAAAACUAAGACAGGCCCCAUUAAACAGACAAUCUAUCCGUCUUUUUUGGAUUCCGAGUCACUCAACCUCCGUAGACUCUAUUUAUACAAUUUCGUGUACCUACUACUAACUCCGGAAGUUAAUACGCUUCCUUCGCCAGUUCUACACUUACUGUUCAUUCCAAUAGCAUUCCUCUAUCUGCACCUCUAUCUAUCUUCCUAUUGGCUCCUUGCAUGAAUUGCCUCCUGAUUGGGGGAUUUGUGAGUCCUCGGGCUCUGGCUGGUUGGACCGCCUCGGUGAUUGGUCACCGGGGUGUUCCUCUUUCUGUUUCAGAUCGCCGUGCGAUAGUCACGCUGUAUGCCCCAUAGAAACGCUCCAUAUUGUAUUAAUCUUGUGGCCGCUUGGAACGGACUAGAGUCGUAACUAGUGCCAACCAUAUACAGGGUGUUCCAAAACUACCUGACCCGGUGAGUAUGGCGGUGUUCGGGAGUUUUCUCUGAUCACGAAAAUGACUUUCUUUUUGUCCGGAAGGUCAUAGUUUUUGAAUGGGAGCAGGUCAAAGUUGACCAAUCAGAGGGAGGCGUCAAGAGAAACGUAGGCACCUGCGAACUCUGAGUUUUCUUCCCUCGCUUUUGUUUCUCGGUGAUUUCGGGCAGGGUGACGUCAGCCUAAGACAUGCCUAUUGGAAACAAGAAACAAGCUACCGAGA